AUUGCAAAACCUCCUUCCCCUAGUGCACAUGACUAAGGCAACGAGAAAGGAUCCCCCGCGUUCCCAGAGACCUCACCUGUACUCCGCCGGGCCCGCUCAGUCCUCUCAAAAGCUUGCUGCUCUUCUAGCACACAAGCUAAUCUCCGCUUGCACUGCUGCUUGGAACACCACCUCGAUCCCGUGCAUGUCCAUAGUCGGCAGGACUCUAAUGAGGCACAAGCAAAUCCAGGCAUCACUGGCUAAUUGAUUAGCUGAUCAAUUGAUUGAUUGCUCCAUUCGUUCAUUCAUCAAUCGAUCAAACGGCUUGAUUCGUUCAUUCGUCAAUCAAUCAAACGGCUUCAUUCGUUCAUUCAUCAAUCGACCAACCUGUUGAUCAAAUUAAUACCUGUGCAAACUUACAGAAUGGAUCAAUAACACCGCACAAAAGUCAAAGACGACAAUCUCUCCCGUAAUCCAACACACCAUCUUCUCAAGCCGACUCUCUGCCCCCUCUCCUCAACCUGUCAGAUCCCUGCUCGAAUAUAAUGUCCUCCCUGUUGGUCAGCCCCCUCUGUACCCCUAUUUCAUAUUCUUCUCUUUCCUUCCUCCGAAGAAAUGCCAGUGAAAGCACCUUGAAACGAUAAACUCGCCUUUCAAAAACGCCAGCACAUGUCCACUGUUUUCAGCCGUCAUGUCCCCACCGCACAUAAACGACAACAGGUACCGCUGCUAUUCAUUGGCCAAAAGAUAGAUAAGGCAUGCCAGCCUGAUGAUCGGCCGUUGGAUAAAACCAUUUCCGCUGUGAUUGAAAGCUGGCAUGGCAUGGCAUAUAUCCGCAAUCGUGCCAGCUUGCCUUCUAGAUUUACCAUCCAUCAAGAACAUAACAGACUCGCACUGUGCAGAUGCUAUUGAUUCUCUUCCCCCUUGCCCUCUACAACUCUAUCGUGCUCCUCACACCUUAUAUCAACUGGGAGCUGAUGUCAAUCGGGACCAGAUACCAACGGGAGGCGAUAUCAGUUGGUAGGAGAUAUCAGUUAUGAGAGCCACAUAGCAUUGCACUCCUCCUUGACGCACGACGUGCUCCAAUUGUUAAAUACAAGUCGACGCGAGACUCACACAGCCGUGUAGCAUUCCC